AUCCAAUGAUAUGAUGUAUUUGGGAGCUCUGCCGUCGCCAAAAUAAUCGCCAACGAAACCGACCGUCGUUUACGCAACCCUCCGUCGCCCGGAACAAUACAUACACAGAACGAAACAUGCCUCCUGUAGCAUCUAUUCCUGGAGCCGGUGGCCAGCAUGGCCCAUCCAACUUUGACAAGUUCAAGAUGGGAGCUAUGAUGGGUGGAACCGUUGGUGUUAUUAUUGGUUUCAUUUUCGGAACCGUCAACAUUUUCAGAUACGGAGCUGGCUCCCAGGGCAUUAUGAGAACUCUGGGACAAUAUAUGGCAGGAUCUGGCGCCACCUUUGGCUUCUUCAUGUCGAUUGGUAGCGUUAUUCGAUCCGAUGCCGACCCGAAGCUUCAAGAACUAUACAUGAGAGCGCAGCGUCGCCCUAUUGUGCUUAUGGCCCACCCUGCUUGGAGACGGUCAUGAUUCUGAUACGGACGAGUCGACUCUGGUCGCUGAUUCCUUGUCAGUCGACUGAGCGAUAGUACGAUGUAAUAAGUGAUCCCGUGUACAAUAUCCAACAAUUCAAAAUCAAUCUCAUCUGCAUUCUCUACGUUUUAUCUGGUGCAUAAACUUUGUGAGCCACCAUGGCAACUUGUUGUGUGAAAACAUUGCCGAGUGUCAUCGCUAUAUGGCGCGUUGGGGCCCAGGCACAAUUGGAUCCCUCAGGAUCUUGGUUGUUUCUGAGCUUGGGAGAAUUGUCAGCCAACUCUAUGGAGAGUAUGAAGCUUAUAACAAAAAGUUCUGAUCGAGUCAAUGUUAGCGAGUCCACACGGCUGUUUGGUUGGGCUACUCGCAGGGUACUGUGUAAUAUUUAGCCGCUCUAUAGAUAAGUUGCCCUUUCCCCUUAACUUUAGUCCUUAUAUUUUAUGAAUAUUUAUGUAAAAUCAGUGUUAUUUGAGGCGCUUUGAAUACUUGUGCUUCACUAGCACUGUGAUAACAUUGGGACGCGCCCACCAUUCAAGUGAAUGACUUCCAUGACCCAAGAGACUACUCUCCUC